UCACUCUCACUCUAUCCAUCUAUUUCACGCCGAGGCAGAAUUCCUGGUAUAGACCCUCCCUUGCAUUCUGGCCAGAUUCGGCCCCGAACUGUGGCCAGAACACAAAGCAGUAGUGUAUCUCAUACUAAAUAUUUUCUAUGUGUGAAUCUUUUGUGAAUAAUCAGACCUGACGCACCCUGAUUUUUUCAAAUAUUUAUAUCUUCUAAUCAAAGUUAUAUCGUCUAGUCGCUUUCGUUUUAUAGAUAAAAUUAAUUUAUUUGAAAUAACAAAAAUGUCUGAUCACUUUGGUCCAAUAACUUUGAAAUGGGAUCCCAAGAAUUUGGAGAUCCGUACCAUGUCUGUAGAAAAAACAUUGGAACCCUUGGUUCUACAAGUUACUACGCUUGUAAAUACAAAGGGUCCUAGCAAGAAAAAGAAAGGAAAAUCAAAAAGAGCUAGUGCUUUAGUUGGAACUGUUGAGAAAGCAACUAGCAAUUUUAUUGAGAAAGGUGAACAAAUAGCUUAUGAAAAUCCUGACAUUACUGCAGAAAUGUUAAGUGCUGUUGAGGAAGUAAAAAAGACAGGUGCUGCAAUGAGCAUUGCUGCUAGAGAGUUUUCUGAAGAUCCCUGUUCUUCUUUAAAAAGAGGGAACAUGGUUCGUGCAGCAAGGAACUUGUUAUCUGCAGUAACACGUUUGCUUAUUUUAGCAGACAUGGUUGAUGUGCAUUUGUUGCUGAAAUCACUUCAUGUGGUAGAAGAUGAUUUAAAAAAAUUGAAAAAUGCAUCUUCACAAGGAGAAUUAUUAGAAAACAUAAAACAAUUUGGAAGAAAUGCAUCAGAACUUAUGAAUCAAGCUGCAAAACGUCAGCAAGAGUUAAAAGAUCCUCAAUUAAGAGAUGACUUAGCUGCAGCAAGAGCUGUUCUUAAAAAGCAUUCUACUAUGCUUCUUACUGCCUCCAAAGUUUAUGUUCGACAUCCGGAACUAGCUGCAGCAAAAGCAAACCGUGAUUAUGUUUUGAAGCAAGUAUGUGAAGCUGUAAAUACCAUUAAUGACGUAGCACAAGGAAAGACUCCAGUUGAUAGCCAACAUCCUUAUGAAGGACCUGGAGAAUUAGCUGCUGCAUUAGAUGAUUUUGAUGAAAGAAUGGUAAUGUCUCCACUUGCAUAUAAUGAAGUACGUACAAGACCUAGUCUUGAGGAAAGGUUGGAAAGUAUCAUCAGUGGUGCUGCAUUGAUGGCGGAUUCUUCAUGCACUCGAGAUGAACGCAGAGAACGCAUUGUUGCAGAAUGUAAUGCAGUUAGGCAAGCACUUCAGGAUUUGUUGAGUGAAUAUAUGAAUAAUUUACAGCUUGCUCGGGGUGGGAAACGGAUGGGUGUCAAGGAACAAUCCGAAGGUUUAGAGAGAGCAAUUGAUCAUAUGUGCAGAAAAACUCGCGAUCUUCGUAGACAAUUACGAAAAGCCGUAGUAGAUCAUGUAUCUGAUAGUUUUUUGGAAACAAGUGUACCUUUAUUGGUCCUCAUUGAAGCUGCAAGAAAUGGUCGUGAUAAAGAAGUGGAAGAAUAUGCACUUGUUUUUACAGAGCAUGCCAAUAAGCUAGUUGAGGUUGCCAAUUUAGUAUGUAGUAUGUCCGGAAACGAAGAUGGUGUAAAAAUGGUUCGAUAUGCAGCAGCACAAAUUGGGAACCUGUGUCCACAAGUAAUCAAUGCAGCCCGUGUUCUUGCAGCUCGUAAUCGAUCUAAAGUAGCGUUAGAUAACAUGGAAGUAUUUCGGCAAGCAUGGGAGAAUCAAGUAAGAGUAUUAACAGAAGCUGUCGAUGAUAUUACUACCAUUGAUGAUUUCUUAGCUGUAUCUGAAAAUCAUAUCUUGGAAGACGUAAAUAAAUGUGUAUUAGCAUUACAAGAAGGUGAUGCUGAUACUUUAGAUAGAACCGCGGGUGCAAUCCGUGGACGAUCUGCCAGAGUGUGUAACGUUGUUCAAGCAGAAAUGGAUAAUUAUGAGCCUUGUAUCUAUACGAAACGAGUUUUAGAAGCCGUGAAAGUUUUAAGGGAACAAGUUAUGCCAAAAUUUGCACAGAGAGUAGAAGUCGCGGUAGAUGCAUUGGGUAGUAAUCCUGCUAAAGAUGUGGAUGAAAAUGAUUUUAUAGAUGCUUCGAGAUUGGUUUAUGACGGUGUUCGUGAAAUUAGACGCGCCGUAUUGAUGAACAGAGCGGAUGAGGAUUUGGAUCCAGAAGACGUGGAACUUGAUGAACAUUAUACAUUAGAAACUCGUAGUAAAUCGAGUGCUCAAACUGGUGAACAUGGUGUUGAUGAAUAUCCAGAAAUUAGCGGAAUUACUACGGCUCGUGAAGCUAUGCGUAAAAUGCCAGAAGAAGAUAAACAAAAAAUCUUACAGCAAGUAGAAUACUUCAAGAGUGAGAAACUAAAGUUCGAUAAAGAAGUUGCCAAGUGGGACGAUGCAGGGAACGAUAUUAUUGUUCUUGCAAAGCACAUGUGUAUGAUCAUGAUGGAAAUGACUGAUUUCACUAGAGGUCGUGGACCGUUAAAGACAACUAUGGAUGUUAUCAACGCUGCAAAGAAAAUUUCUGAAGCCGGGACUAAAUUAGAUAAAUUAACGAGACAAAUAGCAGAUCAGUGUCCAGAAAGUUCUACUAAAAAAGAUCUGUUAGCAUACUUACAACGCAUAGCAUUAUAUUGUCAUCAAAUGAAUAUUACAAGCAAAGUUAAAGCAGACGUACAAAAUAUUAGUGGAGAAUUAAUUGUAUCUGGACUUGAUAGUGCAACUUCUCUCAUUCAGGCAGCUAAAAAUCUAAUGAAUGCAGUUGUACUAACUGUUAAGGCUUCGUAUGUUGCUUCAACCAAAUAUCCUCGACAAUCUACAGUAACUUAUUCUCCAAUUGUUGUAUGGAAAAUGAAAGCACCAGAAAAGAAACCAUUGGUACGUCCUGAAAGACCAGAAGAAGUCAGGGCAAAAGUACGUAAAGGUUCACAGAAAAAGGUGCAAAACCCGAUACAUGCACUUUCCGAAUUUCAGAGUCCUACAGAAAGCGUUUAAGAUCUUAUGUGUAAGUAAUUUAAUAAAGAUAGAGUCUAGUAUACAGCAUCACCUUUAAAAUAUUGUAUGAAUAAAAUAUUUUAUUUUCUACUAAGUAUAAAAUUAAAACACAGAAUCUAUGUUUAUUGUUAAUUUAUUGUCAUGAAGUACAGGGUGCUCCAGCAAUCGUGGUAUAACCGGACAGGAAGUAAUUUCUCAUAUAAAAAUAAAUUAAAAGAACAGAAUAAGAUUCUUGCAUGUAAGGCUACAUUUUCAAGAAAAAUGACCUAAUUGUACUACCACUGUUGGAAUAUCUCGUAUUUUUUUGCAAACGAAAUUUACAAUUUGAACAUUUCUAUAAUAUUUAAUUGUACAAUAAAAUUUGUAUUAUUGAUUAAGUAUCAAUUCUAGAGAAAUGUUAUCCUUUUUAUCAUUAUUUAUAAAAGAUAAAAAUUUACAUUUUUUAAUAAAAUUUUAUUAAGUGGUAUUAAAUGAUGAGCGACGUAUAUAUACUUACGUACAUACAUACAUAAACUUAUCAAAGAUCUCAUAUUUUUGUUGUAAUAUCAGAAAUUUGUAUUGGACUGAAAUUGGUAAUUAUUUUUCUGUUUUGUUAAUAUAUAGAUCACCCUAUUCAACGAUUUUAUAACCAGCACACAUUCUUAUACAUAUCCAGCAAUAAGGUCUCUAACAAUAAAAAGAUAAGGCUGUUAUUUUAAGUAAUGUUAAUAACAAUUACAGGCCUUGAAUUUUUGCUACUAUGUUACACGGAGGUCAGUUUCUUACUAUAAUGAAUUUUUUGACAAUAAUAUUGAUAAAUACUUUGCUAUGAUUUUACAAAAAGAAAAAAACAACUAAGAUACAAAUAAUAAUGUUAACAUUCUUCCAAGUGGUAAUUAUAUUAAUAAUUCCAAGUAAUCAAUAUGAAAGUAUAAGAAUUCAUUUAUAUAAAUAUAUUUGAUGUAACAAAUUAUAUUUUUUCUAUACAUAAAUCUUUUACUUAUAUAAUUUAACUUUAUAUAUCUGUCUUGCAUACAUGUUUUAAUGUAUUUUACGUUUUCCUAGAGAAUUUGAUUAAAAAUUGGACUUUUUGUUAUUCAAUAUCAUAUUCGUAAUUAGGUGGAAGACGUGUUACUGUGUGUCAACAAAACUUGCAUAAAAGCAAUAUAAAUAAGACAGUAUUGCAUUGGAAUAAAGAGACUGCAGAUCAAAGUAUUUAAUGAUUGUAUAUAAGUAAAUAUGAUUAUAAUUAUACAUUUAAAAAAAAUCUUCUUUAUGAUGAUUUUAUAUUACCUAUAGCAUAUAAGAAAUAAUUGUAAAAAAACUGAUACCAAUUUCAUACUUUAUAUAAUGAGUGAAAUAUUAUAUUCGAAAAACGAUUGAAAUUUAUUACAUUUACAAAUUUUGUAGCAAAUAUUAAAUUAUGAUUCUCUGGUUAUUACAAAAAUAACAUGUUGUACGUGUGGCAAAUACAUAAUAGAAAUAUAUAAUUGUGCUUAACAUUAUAAUAUGUAUUGUUUUAUUUAUAUUAGUAUAGUUAUUGUAGUAAAUGUUGCAUUGGAAUAUAUUAAAGAGUUUGCAGAAUAUAUGGAAUAAAAACAUUUCACAUUUCAUAGUUUUUAAUGCAAUAUGUAUUGGUAUCAAUUUUUUACUAUUGUAAAACUGAUACUAAUUUAUAUAGAAAUAAUUGUAAGAUUUAAUUGUAGUUAUAUAUAUACUGAUAUGCUGCCAAAUACAAGGUGAUGCUUUUAACAAA